AUGGAUCAACCUGUCGGAGACAGCGCAGAUGGCAGUCUCGGAAGUGUCGGGCGGUUCCACUCCACUUAUGGAAAGAAAGAAUCCGCUGACGGACCGCGUCAACAUGGAGCUGACGAUGUUGAAGAAUCUGACGACGUUGAAGGAUCUUCGGAAGGCGAAGAGGCCUCAAGAAACCUCCCGCUCUUGAUGCAAGCAGUGACUGUCGCUUUUCGAAGUGUCAGUCACUAGGAUCUGAUAGAGUAGGAGGGAGGCGCAUUCCGCCGAGCACUUUGUGAGUUUACGCUUUUUUUAAAUGUAAUUGCCCUUUUUGGACAAGAAAAAUUUUUUUCAAGUGAUUUUUGUGUAAAAUGAAUGAUUUUUAGGUGACCCGCCUGUCAACCCUCCUCCAAACAGCCGCCCUGGAACUCUCACGCUGGAGAGCCGGCGAAUCAUUGUCCGAAUUGGAAUGGAUCAACCUGUCGGAGACGGCGCAGAUGGCAGUCUCGGAAGUGUCGGGCGGUUCCACUCCACUUAUGGAAAGAAAGAAUCCGCUGACGGACCGCGUCAACAUGGAGCUGACGAUGUUGAAGAAUCUGACGAAGUUGAAGGAUCUUCGGAAGGCGAAGAGGCCUCAAGAAACCUCCCGCUCUUGA